AUCAACCUUGUCUCGCGCAGUGUUCACAUAUCUCUCCAUCGCAUCAUGCAGCCUUUACAAUUCAUCACAUCGCACCGAUGAUCUCUAUCGAAAAGCCCACUUCUUUUAUUCUCCUCUCGUCGCGCAUUUCUCCUACUCAAAUCCACAAAUGCCGACAUGAUGGGAUUUCUAAAUCUCCCCCAGAUCAGAUACCACUCGCCAUGGAUGCAAAACAUCAUUAGCGGCCUAUGCGUGGGCUCUUCCGCCGGCAUGUACAUUGCACUCAACCUCCUUGGAGCUGGCGGCGGGAAACCAGAUUCCGCCCAGGUCGUACAAGUCGUCAAUGCUACUCUUUGCUCAGUAUGGUUCUUCUCCUCUUGCUUCGGCGGCUCGAUUCUGAACAAGCUCGGCCCUGGUAUCACAAUGUGCAUUGGCGUCCAAACCUACGUCGUGUACGUUGGAUCGCUCUGGUACUACGAUGAGACGGGCAAGAAAGGAUAUCCGUAUGCAGCUGGGCCUAUCAUUGGCAUUGGGGCGGGAUGCGUCUUCAUUACAGCUGGGUACAUCUCGACGGCCUACCCUGAAGAAUCGGAGAAGGGGUCCUACGCGACGAUGUUGAUGAAUCUGCAAGCUCUCGGGUCGGUCAUUGGAGGCAUUAUACCUGUGAUCAUCAAUCGAAAUACCGACACAGCAGCAGGCGUGCCUCGACCGGUAUAUAUCUCGUUCAUCGUCAUCAUGAUCAUUGGCGGGCUGCUUGGACUUCUUCUUCUACGACCCCAAAAGUUGACUCGCGAUGAUGAUUCUGUUGUCGCUGUUAACCCUGCAAGAGGCGCGUGGGAUGAGCUCAAAUCGAAUCUGCUCAUAUUUACCGAUCCAAUCUUGCUGAUGAUGUUACCUGCAUUUCUACCUUCGGAAGGCUUCUUGGUCUACAGUGGCUCGGUCAAUGCUCACCUAAACAACUUGCGGACCCGUUCUUUGCUUUCUUUCAUGGCUGUCGUACUACAGAUCCCCGCCGGCUGGGGAUUGCAGCUGAUUCUAGAUCGACCAACUUGGAGUCGUCGCAUGCGAGGCAUGAUCGGGUUGAUUACAAACCCCACCGAUUGGGAUGAACCGCGUUUUGGUUGGAUCUUCGUACUCUUCAUGCUCACUUGGGUAUCCUGCCAACUGUGGCACAACAUUGUGUACUACUGGAUCGGCGCGAUCACGAACUCGCCUCAGAAGCUCACGCACUACGUUGGAGUCUUCCGUGGUGUGCUCGGCGCUGGUGAGGCCAUUUGCUUUGGUCUCGAUUCCAUCAAGAUUCCGUUCAUUGCGGAGGCUGGGGGUAUUUUGCUUUUCUAUGUUAUUGGUAUCGCGUCUUUCGCAUAUUUGAUGAUCUUCAAGAUCACAGAUACGAAUUACGAUCAUCAAGAAGAGGGGGCGGUUGUGCCAAACCACGUUCUUGAUGGGACGAAUCUGACGGUUGGGCAACAACGAGCGGUGGCUGUUGCUCGGCCAGUAAAUGUUGGACAAAAGAAAAAAGAUGCUGGGAUGGAAAAUAAACAAUCUGGGGGUGAUGGUGAGAGCAGCUGA